GUUGUGUUGUGGUGUGUAGUGUUGUGUAGUGUUGUGUUGUGGUGUGUUGUGUUGUGGUGUGUAGUGUUGUGUAGUGUAGUGUUGUGUUGUGGUGUGUAGUGUUGUGUAGUGUUGUGUUGUGCUGUGGUGUGUUGUGCUGUGUUGUGUUGUGUUGUGGUAUGCUGUGUAGGAGUGCACUAAGCAAAUACUGGAGCUGAGUUGUGUAGGUGUAAAGUGUCCACUGGAUCAGAUCAGAUUAGAUCAGAUCACGUCGGCAGGAAUCGGACAUGACACCACAGCAGGCUAUUACAGCUUGUUAAAGUAGGCAGGGACAUAAAGCUUCUGGUUUAUUGCUUGUAAACUCCACCGACUGUCAGUGUAGUAGGGUCAAACUGAAACCAAAAAAAAAAAAAAAAAACCCACCACAUUCUGGGAAUAGCGCUGAAAUGUCAGGCUGCUGCGUGUGUGUUCGGGGGAAUUCACUGUCUUCUGCUCGGCUCCUGUUACUGUGACUCUGCCAUGGAAGGCAUCAGGCACCAAGACGCGAACAGGCUGAACGAGUGUUUUAACAGGACUAUUUCAGCUCUAACCGUGGACGAUGUGUACGACAUUGCCAAGCUGAUCGGCUCCGACGUGGAAAAGCUCCUCGACACCUAUGGCAAAACGAGUGUUGAGAGUUUGGUGCCUAAGAUAGUGAAAGUGCUGGAGCUGCUGGAGAGCUUCACAGCCAGCUACCAUACACACAAAUGUAAAGAAGAGAAUCUACUGAGGGCGUUUGAGACACUACAGCUUCAACAGCAGGACGCUAACAAGACGGACACUCGCGAAUGGCAGCAGAAGGAGCAGAAAUCGAGGCUGGAGAUGGAGGCGUUGCAGAAGGAAUUGCUGCAGCUACAAGAGGAGAACCAAGAACUGCUGGGUCGCCUUCAGAGUUCCCUCUCUAAAGAAGACCGUACACAGCGUCAGGAGAGAGAGGUGAUGCUCAAACUUAAAGAGGUGGUGGAUAAACAGCGUGAUGAGCUCAGAGCCAAAGUGCUGGAGAUAUCCAAGAUGUCUAAAGAGGUGGAAGCGCUUCAGGAGCAGUUAGAGCGCUUUAUGAAGAUGAACGCAGAGCUGAGGAAUAAACAGAGCAUGAUGCAAGCUCAGGUGAAGAGCACGGCAGAGAGGAAGGUAGACCUCGAGGCUGACCUUUGUGAGAAACAGAAAGAGAUACAGCGACUCGUCACACAGCUGGAGCAGGCCAAGGCAAACACUGCUCCUAACACGAACAGUCCAGACCUUGAUAUGACUUAUAAGGUGAUCAUUGACCUGCGGGACCCGAACAGGCCGUGCUUCACCAAGCAGGAAGUGCGAGACAUUUUGUUUGAGAGGAAUGAGCUAAAGGCCAAUCUCUUCCUGGUGCAAGAAGAGCUCGCCUUCUACCAGCGGGAGAUCCUGAAUGAUGAGAGAUGUCCUGGCUUCUUACUGGAAGCAGUGCGUGGCGCUAUAAAGAAACAGAGGACCGUCAUUAAGGCCAAAAUGCUGGGUAUACCAGAGGAUGAAUGCAGCAGUGAUGAAGAGAAAGGACCCUUGUUUGAGAAGAGAAAGGAUGAAGACUGCCCUGACAGCAGACCUCCAGAAUCACGCAUCAGAACCUUCUUUGGCUACCUGAGCCGCUCAGGCAGUGACAGAAGUAGCCAUCAGGUCCAAAGUUCUGCGUGGGAAAUCAUUAAUGCAGAAGAGCACGUACCUGAGGUGGAGAAUGGGCCUGGAGGCUCUCCCUGAGAACCGAGGUCCACCUUCACGUUUUUCCUCAUUCACAGCACCUGGGAAGAGUGUGGACCUAAUCAACUAAAUACAAACAUGUGUACAGAGCUGUCCAGCUCAACAAUGAGAGCAAAUUAGUUAAGGUUUUAUGCUGUUUUGUGCCAAAAGUCUGUAAUUUCAAACCCCAGUGCUGGUGGUUAGACUCUAAAAUUUUAACUGUUUGUGGAGGGUCAAUGUACAGAUGCUCUAAUGAGCUUCCUUCCAAGUUGGGAUAUGUGAAGAAAAAGAAGAAAAAAAGCUCAAGCACAGAAGUAGUAAGAUUAAAUUAAGACAUGGAGAAAUUUUGGUUGUAUGACAGUAGUAAUGUUCUGCCAGGAAUGGUCAGUGGUGUUUAUUAGUUAAAUAUAAAAAAGAAAGCACUGGAAAUUAGCAAAACCAUUUUAUUUUGUCUAUUAAAAAUCUGUAUUUGUAACUGGUAAUGUACUUUUAGUUUGGUGUUAAUAUGAUAUACGCCAUAAAUGUAUAUGAGGAAACAACAUUAAUAUGCUAUACAAGAGUUUAAUAUGUAAUUUUUUUUGUAAAGAGUGUAUUUUAGUAUGAUCUUUAAAGCCAAAGAUGCCAGCUUGUAUUAGAACCAUCAGCAAAGAUAAUCACCCUGGUACUCUUUUCUGCCAGCAGGGGGCAUUACAUUGUUUUAAUUUUUGGUGUUAAUUUUCAGCUAAUUCGUAGGACAUUUGGUUUGUGCUUUUGAAAUGACUCAACUUGAAGAUAUUAUUGUUUUAAUGUUUUGUAUAAUAGUCUGGAAUAGUAAAUCACUCAUUUGUAUAAGUAUAUAAUGCUUUUGACCGUUAGUGUUCAGACACAACAGCUUUCUUUAAACAAAUGUCAUCCUUUUAGUUUAUGAGACUCUUUGUUGAAGUGGUCUUUAACUGGAGUAGAACCUGGAUAAAGGAUAAAUGUAUAUAAAGGGUGGCUUUUAUCCUUAAAAUUUUGUAUGAAAUGCAGUUUGUCAGCUUAUGAUUUGGUGUAUUAAUCACUGGUAAGGUGAAGAACCUGAUGGUUAUGAGCUAGGUUAAAAAGACCUCAACAUUUGUUGGAAGGCCAAAGAUUUUCAGAACGGUGAGGUUUAGUGAGUGUAUCUGAGAGGCUUCGUGUGACAUUUAGAGGAAGCCUCCAUUUCCUUUAGGGAAAAUCAGACAGAGUAGUCUGGUGUUCAGAAAUAAAGUCACCAAGACUACCUCUGUCCUGUUUAUACCAGUUUAAACAUACUGCAGCACUGAUCAUUUGCUCAGAGUGAAUGCUGCUCAAACUAUUUUUGUAUGGAUAUGUACAAUACAUGCCUUUGCUAUAUCAAUCUGAAUAAAUCUUUCGUACGUGAUUGCAGCCA